AUGCCUGCUGGAUAUGAUGGCUCAGACGAAAGAGCUAAACCCAAGAAGAAGCGCAAGAGGGAAAGUGUUCUAGGAGAUGCACUGGUGGGUGCAGAUGGCUCGACCUCGAUUGUGCGCAAGUUCCUCGCCCCGACAACCCACGAGCUACAUCGCCUUCCCAUCAAGGCUGUAGGCUGUGCCCUGACUAUGAGUGAGGAACAAGUCAACUACUUCAAAGACCACGUAGAUCCACUUUAUUUCAUGGGUACGGAUCCAGAAACUGAUACCUUUGUCUUCUGGUCUUUGUUGGACACUCCUACAGCUCCCGGACAACACCAUCGCGCCCAAGUGUACUUCUCCUGGAUUGCGUCUGAUGAGGAUAGGGAGCUGUCGAGCCAGCCCUUGCUUGAUGUGUUUAAGCAGAAAGGCAGACCAUUCUUCCCUCGUAUGCGGGAUAUGGUAGAGGCACUGCCUGAGGACACGGUCGCUACCAAUGUCAACCUAGUUGAUUGGCCCCCCGUUGAGUGGGACAACUGGGACGGUACCUGCACUUUGAUCGGUGACGCGGCCCAUUGUAUGAUGAUCUAUCGGGGCGAAGGGGUGAUCCAUGCCAUUGUGGACGCCUGUCAACUCGCAGAUACUAUCAAGUCAGCUGCUGAUGGCCACGUGUCAAUCCGUGGUGCCGUCAGAGCUUAUGAGAAGCAGAUGCGCCCGCGUGCGAUAGAGGCCGUCGAAACCAGCAGACAGGCUGGACAUGAUGGCCAUUGCUACGCCAAGGUUGACAAGAAAGGGAGCUUUGCCCUUCUAGGUGAGAAGCCAGUCUAA